GAGAUGGAGAGAGAGGGCACAGCUGAGCAGCGCGCUCCUGACGCAGUAAGAGACGGAUAGCGGACAGAACAGAACAGAACAGAGAAGAGAAUAGAGAGAAUAGAGGGAGAGAGAGCUGCAUGCGCAAGACAGCAGUCGGUAGAACAGUGGCGCCGCUGUCUUGUCCGUUUUGUAUAUCGUGGCUGACACUACAGGCUUGAACGUGAUGCUGCCGCCACUGUCAGUCGAAAUCAGCGACUGUUGCUGCUCUCCUCCUUGAAGUAGAGGGGAGGGUAGAGAUAGAGAGAGAGGCAUAGAUAGGAGAGGGGACGGAUAUAGAGGAGAGGGGAGAUAGAGGAGAGGGGCACAGAACGGGAAGAGAGCAGAGUAGUACAGAAAAGAGCAAGAUUUUGGGUCGAAUCGGAGAUGAAUCGCUAACCAAACCUUCAGCUUUGGCUCUCCCAACUGUCUCGAUGUUUUCAGACUAAGGUUUCCAUGGUGGACUCCACAUCUUCAUGACAACAAGAGGACAUCACCAGGAAAACACAAGGACGUCACCAAGACAACACAAGGACGUCACCAAGACAAUACAAAGACAUUAGCUACAAUCUCACGUCACACUUCAGCGUUUGUCAUUUGAAGCAGUAACGGCAUUAAAACGGCUGGAUGUGAGACAGGCGUCCAAUCAGGGCUGCCAACGGCCAACGAGGAAAUGAGCAGCAGCCAAUUAGAUGGGAAGAGUAGGACAGAGCCACGUCCAGCCACCUGCCUGAUGACUGUUCCAAGUCCAACAGCCAAAUACAGUUCCAGAGGGAAACCUGGCCACCCUUAACUGCCUGUUAUUCCAGAUGACACACACACCCUGUAGAAAAUAUGGAAAAAGGCUCAAACGGUUCCCCAAAAUGGUUGCGCUGCAAAUGGAUUAAUCACGAGAUGAUAACCAAGCUUUCCCUGAAAAGAGCUGGAGUGGUUCCACAGCCAAACCAGUGACUCGAGAAAAAACUGAUCCUCAGUCAAAGACGUUCUAACAGAUUAACAUGAGAGGAAUACAAGUUCAGAUGUUGUUUCUCUGAAACCUAAUCGUAGAUAUACUGAGUGUAUCUACUAAACGUCCACGGACGUGCUCGCAUCGUAAACGUUCAAUAGCUCCAGUAGACAAGGUACUCGUUGAACAGGGUCAGCUUGAGGAGGAAGGAGAGGGUUUGGGGGGAACGGCAGUAAAAGCCAUUUAUGAUCAACACCGGCCUUCCUCUCGAUGACGCUAACCUGGCAAAACAAACAAAUAAGCGAGUUGAAUAAACAGAAAAUAGAUAAAAAAGUAGGCGAAAACAACAGCAUUAAACAAAAUGGACGUCAUCGUCGGAAUGCAGCAACCCCGAGGGGCGGAGCUUAACAACAGAGUUGGGGGCGUAGCUUCGUCACCACUUUCAUCGAGUUGGUUUGCCUUCCUGUAUUGGAUUGCCCUCGUGUCAAUCACCCGGUUUCCCACGGUGACAGGAGACUGUUGGCUUAUCGAGGGGGAGAAGGGCUUUGUGUGGCUGGCGAUCUGCAGCCAGAACCAGCCUCCUUACGAAGCCAUCCCCACUCACAUCAACAGUACCAUAGUGGACCUGAGGCUCAACGAGAACAAGAUCAAGAGUAUCCACUUCUCAUCCCUCAGCCGGUUUGGGAACCUGACCUAUCUAAACCUCACCAAGAACGAGAUCUCGUAUGUGGAGGAUGGAGCGUUCUCCGCCCAGUUCAACCUGCAGGUGCUGCAGUUGGGUUUUAACCGGCUGAGGAACCUCACUGAGGGGAUCCUAAGAGGUUUGGGGAAACUCCAGUACCUCUACCUCCAGGCCAACCUGAUUGAGGCGGUCACACCCAACACCUUCGAUGAGUGCCCCAACAUUGAAAACAUCGACCUGUCUAUGAACAGGAUUCAGACUUUGGAUGGAGGUUUGUUCGCGGAGUUGACUAAACUGACGACCUGUGAACUCUACACCAACCCUUUUAACUGCUCCUGUGAGCUGUUGGGCUUCCUCAGAUGGUUGGCAGUGUUUCCAAAUAGGACCAAUGAGAGGAUGGUGUGUGACACUCCAGCUGGGUUUUCAGGCUACAACCUGCUCAGUCAAAACCCAAGGAUGCCUGGGUAUCGCGAUGCUCUGCACAUGCUCAAUAUGGUGUGUACCGAAGACGGUAGCAACUCCAUGCCGAACAUCAUUGGUGUGUCGGAAUCUACAACCCUUCCUCCGGAUUCUCCCAAUGAAUCGGACGGCUUCCCAUCCGGAAUGCUGCCGGAGGACCCGAUGACCAUUAGCCCCACUUACGCCGAUAAAAACCACCAACCAAUCAUGAAGGUCAAGCAGGUGUCCCACACCUCGGCUGUGUUAACGGUACAGAUACCAUCUCCCUAUAGUAAGAUGUUCAUCCUGGUUCUCUACAACAACAGCUUCUUCACAGACAUUCAGACCCUGAAGAAAUCCAAGGAGGACAUCGAGCUGAAGGACCUCAAAGCCCACACUGAGUACACCUACUGUGUGGUGUCCAUAAAGAGCCAGCUGAGAUACAACCACACAUGUCUGUCCAUCUCCACCGGGAGGAAGGCGGGGCCAGAAAGGACCCCGGACGGCUCCUCCGCUACCCACUACAUCAUGACCAUACUGGGCUGCCUGUUCGGCAUGGUCAUCGUACUUGGUUUCGUGUUCCACUGUCUCAGAAAGAAGAGGCAUCGGGAUGAGAAGAACAAGAAGAUGGGAAAGAUCCAGAAGAGCUUGAUGGAGCUGAAAUAUGGAGCCGACCUUGAGGCUGGAGGAGGGCCCGGAGGAGGGGUGUCGAUCUCCCAGUUGUCCCAGAAACAAAUGCUCUCAGGCGGGGAUAGUCUGACCAGGAUGCCCUACCUCCCCCAGUGCGCAGAGAUGGAACAGGAGUUCAUCGACACUCCAAAAGCGGCGAAAGGGAAUUACAUGGAAGUGCGGGGAAACGUUGGCGACCCACUGGACCGGAGGGAGAGAGAGAGGGAACGGGAACGGGAGAGGGAACGGGAACGGGAGAGGGAACGGGAGAGGGAGUGUAGUCUCUUACCACAAGCCAACCCACAGGGUUCGGUAGCAGAGAUCUCAACCAUAGCCAAAGAGGUGGACAAGGUGAAUCAGAUAAUUAAUAACUGUAUUGAUGCCCUGAAAUCCGAGUCCACUUCCUUCCAGGGGGUUAAGUCUGGCUCCGUGUCCACGGCUGAGCCCCAGCUGGUGCUGAUCUCAGAACAGCCCCAGAGACAAUCAGGCUUCCUGUCGCCCCAGUAUAAAGGGGGCUACCACCACCCUCUCCAGAGGCACCACAGCAUGGAGGCAUCAUCCAAACGACCUUCGACCCCUUCCGGUGGGGCGGUCCGUUCACCGCGCUCCUUCCGCCCUGACGGGUCAUACCGAGGAACUUCUGAGACCAAGUACAUUGAGAAGACGUCGCCAGCCAGGCCCGGAACCCCCGGCGAGUCGGUCCUCACGGUCACCCCCGCGGCCGCCAUCCUGCGGGCUGAGGCGCAGAAGAUCCGACAGUACGCAGAGCACCGCCAUUCGUACCCCGGCUCCAAACACCCCAUCCCUGACCCAGAGGAACUGGAGGAGCUGAGGCCCUCGUCCAUCCUGGAACCCCUCACACUGGGUCGCCACCCCAGAGAGCUAGCCUAUACCCAACUGUCGCCACAGUACCAGAACCUGAGCUAUGAGUCCAGUCCAGAGUAUUCCUGCACCCCGUCGCUAGGGAUAUGGGAGCGUUUUAAACUCCACCGGAAGAGGCACAAAGAGGAGGAUUACGAGGAGGAAUACAUGGCGGCGGGACACGCCCUGAGGAGGAGUUUGCAGGUUGCCAAGGAUGAGGACCUCCAUGACAUUCUGGACUACUGGAAAGGUGUCUCAGCACAGCAGAAGUCGUGAUGGGGCUGGGCCGGGUCCUGAUGGGGCUGGGCCGGGUCCUGAUGGGGCUGGGUCGGGUCCUGAUGGGGCUGGGUCAGUUCCUGAUGGGGCUGGGCCGGGUCCUGAUGGGGCUGGGUCAGUUCCUGAUGGGGCUGGGUUAGUUCCUGAUGGGGCUGGGUUAGUUCCUGAUGGGGCUGGGUUAGUUCCUGAUGGGGCUGGGUCAGUUCCUGAUGGGGCUGGGCCGGGUCCUGAUGGGGCUGGGUUAGUUCCUGAUGGGGCUGGGUUAGUUCCUGAUGGGGCUGGGUUAGUUCCUGAUGGGGCUGGGUCAGUUCCUGAUGGGGCUGGGUCAGUUCCUGAUGGGGCUGGGUCGGGUCCUGAUGGGGCUGGGUCAGUUCCUGAUGGGGCUGGGUCAUCACUUAGCGGGACAUAAAAGAGGGAUUGCGUCAAAAUGGAGACGUGGCUGUAUGGAGAGACACACACACACACACAUCAAUACACAAACAAACAAGCCUCUGCUUUUAAAAACAUGGACCAAACUGUAAAAUGAUUUAAUAACAAUGGAAUGGAGAACUUUAUUAAAAAGAAUGAGAUAUUAAUAUUAUCACUCCCAGGCUCUUAAGUAGCUGUUUGUAUUAAAACUAGAUUUUGGACGAAGAAAAAAAAACAGACAACUAAUAUUAGAUUUCCUAGAAAUCUCACAACGGUGAGUGAAUGACACUGUAUGUGCCAAAUCAACAAGGGCUGCAUUCCAAACUGCACCUUCCCACCUUAAUAGUGCACUACUUUUUGGACAAAACAAGUCAGUAGUGGUGCACUCUGAAGGGAAUAGGGAUGUUUUUGGGACGCAGCCCUGGGAGAACUAUAGGACUUUACACUGUAUUAACCUUUCUCCUCAUCACAUCUUUUAUAGAUAUAAAUAUAUAUAUAUAUAUAUAUACAAAAAGAGUAAAAAAAAAUGAAACUAUAUUAUUCUUAAUAUUAUUAUUAUCAUCAUUAUUAUUUGGAUAUCGCAUGGCUCCGUCCUGUGACAGUGACUGUUGUUGUGACUUUUGAGAAGAAGAAAAACAAAAUGGCCGCCAAUCAACAUUGUUACAAGAUGGCGGUAUAUGAACAACCUCAACUUAGACACAUUUUCAAUAGUUUUUACAGGAUGACUGCUCUUUCUCUUUUCCGUAAGGAACACUGUUUUCUUCACUAAUUCAUAUUUCAGAGGGGACCUUUAUUCUGAAACUGAAGGAGGGGGAUGAACUUGUACAGAAGAGAAAAAUCUCUAUAUUUGCAGAAAAAGACGUCUUGUUAGUAAGUGGGUUAGACAGUUAAUUUGUUUCUACCAAGGGGUUUCAGAAACCUUUCAGACUUUGAGACUUUGAGAGACCAACUCCAAGCUGACCUGAAGUACGUUUUUGAUUUUGAAAUCCAACCAAUCUCUAAUGAAUGUCUUCAAAUCCCUAAAGUGGAUGAUUACUGCACUGUUCAAAAUCACAAAACGACUCACAAAUGACUCAACCCUAGAAACAUCCUCCUUGAAAACACUGUAGCCUACAACACCUAGAUUUCAGUAGGUUUUUUUUUUUACCCGAAAUUCCUCAAUCUCUCCUUCUUGUCCCUUCUCCUCCCCAUCCCCCUAAAGCCCAGCCUCCUUCCUCAGUUGAGUUCUAUUUUGCCAGAAUCACAACUCAAAUGGCACAAGACGAACCAACAGACCAACCCACCAACCAACCCCCCCCCCCACCCCCUCCACACAACCCAAUCAUUCUAUGACCAAAGUGCUGUGGUAGCAAAAACUCACGAGCCGUCCUUAGUGUCCAGCCAAUCACCAUGCAUCAAGGGGGCGUCUCCAACUGCUAGCUGUCUGCUAACCAAUGAGGGAUGAACAGUUCUGUCACAUGCAAUAAACUGUCAUUAACAAAUCUCACCGAUACAUCAGAUACUGUAAGCUCACCGAUACAUCAGAUACUGUAAGCUCACAGAUACAUCAGAUACUGUAAGCUCACAGAUACUUUAGAUACUGUAAGCUCACAGAUACAUCAGAUACUGUAAGCUCACAGAUACUUUAGAUACUGUAAGCUCACAGAUACAUCAGAUACUGUAAGCUCACAAAUACAUCAGAUACUGUAAGCACACAGAUACAUCAGAUGCUGUAAGCUCACAGAUACAUCAAAUACUCUAAGCUCACAGAUACAUCAGAUACUGUAAGCUCACAGAUACUUCGGCAUUACCGGCGUCACCGUGGCCUCACUGAGCUGCUAUUGGUUUAAAGAGCUUAACAACGACACCAAUACCUGGCAGUCAGUUAACCCUUAAAGGGCCGGAUGCUUAAUAAAAAAAAAUACAAUAUAAAGAUUUUGUGAGGUUAUUAAGUCAUUAACAUGGACACGUUGUCUCUAUGAAUACUUGUCAUUUCGAUAGUGAGAGAAAAAAAGACCAUCCGUCUUAAGAUGGAUGGGAACGACUCGUCAGUGGUAGUAAGUUUACCCUACUCAAUUAAUUAGUUAGCUCGCAAAGUUCUCAUUCCAAUUUUUCCCUGACAUUUAUUUCACCAGUUACAAAAGCAGAAAUCAUACUGCAGUACUGUUACCUCAUUAAGGAGCAGGGAGGUUUCAGGGAGAUGAGAAGGAUGUGCCUAUCUGAGAGACAGAAAAAAGAGGAGCUUGAAUCAUGUUUUCCCUUUCCCGAAGUAGCUCUCAUGCUAGAAAAGGUUGGAGACCCCCUGCCACACACACACACAGACACACCAUGGUGGAUUACCAAAUGGUUCCCUAUAUAAUCACAUCAAGUUUUGCGUUUGUCAAUUUGUGCGGUUCGUUUUCCUUUUUUCCUCAUUACAAAGUAGUUGUGUAGCCACCCUUGGAUCGCGUGGGUGCCGCUACUGGUUCCCAUGGAUACUGGGACACAGGAAGUGGAAUCAAGUGCACAACACAGGGCAGAACCGUACCCACGGUCGGAGGGGCCGGAGCCCGCCGCUUCUCCGUUCUACCUGAUAAUAAACGACACCCACUCUGUGUCCCAGGCCGCUCCUGCAGUAGAAUCAAUACGAGGGGACCUGUUCUGGAUCCCUGCCAUGUUUAUUUACCCACAGUGCCCCACUCCCCUCUGCCCCACAGACAUACAAGGGAUGAAUGUAUUUCUUCUUAAAGUUAACGGCAGCUGUUUCUGUUUCGGCUGUAAGAUACCGUUGUGUAAUCCUCUCCUCUCUCUCUCUCUCUCUCUCUCUCUUUCGAUUGUCUUUCUCUCUCUCUAUCUCUCUCUUUCGA